CCGCCGUAUAGAGUCAUCAAUAGCUCUUAGCUUCAACGAUGGUCAUCUCUAGCGCUUGUGUGGAUCCAUCAUCUCACUCCAGAAAUGCUCACCGGAUCAUGGGUCUGCGCCGUACGCUGAACUCUCGCAGUAGCCCCGUCGAAACUCGUUCUUGGGGUUCAGGAUGCGCUCCUCGACGCGACGUAAAUCGUCACAUGUACCGGGCGCAAAGUGCAACUAAGAGUACACCCAAUCACCCAUCUCAAUCCCUUUCUACGUCGUCUGACACGCCGUACUCACCAUGAAGGACUCAAUACCAUCAUCUCCAGCCGAAUGGCACAAUUGGGCUACGUCGCCAGCUCUCAACAAGAUCCCAGCCAAAGCCAGCCGCGAGCAGACUGAAGUCAACCUGCUCAUACGCGACGUGCUCGUUGAGUUGGGCACUGUGAAGCUAGACGAGUCAGACUUCACGUUCAUCUAUUCGGACGUGCUCGCGCUUUCCCCGAGCCCUGGUCCUACCCUGCGCUUAACCCUGCCCAAGUUAGCAUGCGUCAGCGUGUACGCCAGGGUGGUCACGUCCGAUCAGCCUAUCACACUCGAGCUGUCGCCCUCCGACCCGACGGAAGAAGCACUGGUCGUACUCUACGCGACGUAUGUGGACCAGCCUGUUUCCGUGUCGGUCGCAGGUCAGGAGGCUCAAACCCUCAACCUGGGGGCCCUAUCAGGCAACGUCGGCGUGGCCAUCUCGACGACCAACGGUCAGAUCACUGUGACGUACAUGCAGCGGUACUCCGUCCCGGAUCUCUACACGGAUGGCGAGCUGCACAAGCUCCUCUCCACGCAGCUUCGCAUCGCGUCGACGCUCUUCUGGACGCAGCCCUCCGUCGCGUCGGCCCUUGCCUGGCACGUCGUGAACGCCACGGCCUAUCCGUCCGAAAGCACUCUGCUCAACGUGCAGGCCUCCGCGCUGCAGCAGCAGAUCAACGUCGGGCGCCUUUGUGGCCCGGGCGUCUCCUACGCACCCGUCCUGAAGCUCGAGUACUACAAGAACACGCUCGCGACCGUGCUCGACGCCGGAUCCGACUUUGAGGCGCAGUACGACCGCUUCACCGAUAACGAGACGAGCGUGGACGACCAGCUGAAGAUCUGGGACAGCAUGCUCGAGCAGGCGCAAAACACGAUCACCAUGCAGCAGACGCUCGCGAACGACGCCAAAUUGAAGUGGACGGCGUCGCAGCAGAUCCUACUCGCUGCGCAGACCGACCUGCGGCACCACCAGGAUACCCUCGAGCAGAAGGCCGAGGUCUUUCGGAGGGGUAUCGAGAAGUGGAAGGAGGAGCAAAUCAUGAAGGCGGUCUUCAACAUCUUCAAAGCCAUCGUCACUUUCGGCGUCGCGAUUGGGGCCAUGUGCAUCGGGGACCCCGAGCCUGCGGCCGAGGCUUCUGUCAAUGCUGCUGGGGCUAUCAAGGACGUCGAGGAAGCUGCGGAAGCCGCGAGCGCGGUUACCAAGAUCAUCUCCUCUGACACGCUCAAGCAGCUGGACGAAAUCGUCGAGAAGCUGGGCGACUUACUCUCCUCGACCAUCGAGAACGUCGAGGCCAUCAUCGCCGCCGAAGGCGAGGGUGAGGGAUCCCUCUCGCCGUUCCCCGCGUCCCCCGAAGGCAACGAGGACCUGACCGCGCUCGCUGGCAUCGCCGCGUGGGACAAGUGGACCCUCGACAUCGAGGAGCAGAUGAAGUUCCCGGUCGACCAGAACAUCGAUGGCGCCUCCGCGUACCUGCUCGAGCUCCGCAAGCACGCCAUCGACGGCAAGCUCACGACGCAGUCGAGCGCGCAGACGAUCAAGGCGGGGCAGGAGUACGUCCAGGUGCAGCUCGCCCUGCAGCUCGCGCAGUCGGACCUCGCCCGACUGCAGGAGCUGCGCGAUAGCUUCCAGGGGGAAAAGGAGCAGCUUGAGGCCGCGCGGUUGCACUUCUACGAUCGCCUGGAUGCGAUGCGCACGAGCGUGCUCAUCGAGCUACGCAACCUCGUCUGGGCGUUCAAGUUCUGUACCCUUACGGAUAGCCAAGUCACGCUGGACCCGCUCAACACGAUGGCGGAGUAUAAGGCGGACCUUUCUCUUCUCGUGCAAGAAGUCGAACGAUGGCAGGAGGGUUUUGCAAGCGAUAAAGCACCCAUUCAUUUCCAGCGGGAUAUCAACGACCCCAGCUUCAAGAACAUCGCCCCAGAUGUUCUUGCGUCUCUGCAGAAGGACCACGCAGCUACUUUCGCUCUCGCUCCCGAUAUUGGCACGAAAUCAACGAGCUCCCCAUACAUCUCUGGCCCGUUUACCGGUGGAAGCGGUUUUCGCGUCUUCGGCAUGCGCGCAUACGUCAACGGGGUCGUCCCCAAGCCCGAGGCUCUCUUGAAGAAGACCAACACAGCCCUCAUAUGGGUGAAGAUCCGCACUUCUGGCGUUUACCAGGACAUCCGCGAGGAUGGUCAAGUCUUCGGGUUUACGAGCAUGGUUCAGGAGCGGCAGUUCAAGUACCGGAUCGACGCGCAGGGCACGCCGCUUCCUGACGAAGACGGUAUCGAGGUGGACAGCAUCAUCGCCUCGGGGGACCAUAUGGAUCCACCGCCGUUCACUCAGUGGUCCGUCGCAGUACAAGAGCCCGAAAAGCUUGACUGGACGGCGCUGUCGGGACUUACGCUGGAGUGGAAGGGAGAGGCGUACAUGUCCUAAAUGGAGCUGAUCAACGCACGCGGUGAAUCGAGCUGUCUAUACUAUACACGAGUUGCUUUUUGUAUACAGAUUGAACGAAUUGUCGUCCGAACCUCGAUGACCAUUGCCUACUGUAGGACAUAUAAAGGCGCUAUCACCGGGAAACGUGGCACGGAUCAGAUUUUAUCUGC